GACAUCCCGCUCCAGAAUUACCCCUCAGCCCCAUGUCAGCGGUUCCUGCACCUCAUUCCUUACUACAUCCGUUUACUGGUCCAAAGCUCGACUAGGACUCCACACUGGGGGGUGGUAUAUAGCUCAGCAGGUUGGGCCUCUACGCCUAUGAUCGAGACGUCACCCGAUUGAUUUUGUGUGUGGCAGAAUAGUCACAUCACCUUUGGGCCUUUUACCGAGGCCCUUAACUCCCAGGGCACUGGAUAAAUGGCCCGGCUGUAAGCUUUGUCCUCACCAGUGGAGAGCAUACAAAUGGUGAAUAAAGCUUCUUUUCAAAUCCUUAUCUCGAAUGUCAAGUUUCUAUUUGUCACGCAAUCUUGCAUGGUUGCGCUAUGGUUAGUGUGGUUGUAUUACCCCACUGGGUCUAAGUUUUGAGUCUCCGCCAUGGCUGCUUGUGAAUGGAGUUUGCGUGUUCUCGCCGCGUCACCGUGGGGUUUCCUCUGGGUUCUCCACUUUCCCUCCACAGUUGAACAACAUGCUGAGGUGAAUCGGCAAAUUGUCAGUAAGUGUCAGUGGUCUGUCUGCCUUGCAAUGGGUUGGUGCCCCGUCUUGGGUUGUUUCCUGCCUUGCAUCUGUAGCUUCCAGGAUAGACUCCAGACCCCUGUUGCCCUUCAUUGGACAAGUUCCUGUUUAUCCUGCUGGGGCCCUUAGGGAAAGGACAGCAGUACCAUGAAAUCGGCAGAUCCAUCGCAACCUUAAUGACAGAUGAGGUGUUCCACGACGUGGCCUACAAAGCAAAGGACCGCAGUGACCUAGUGGCCGGCAUCGACGAGUUCCUGGACCAGGUCACAGUGCUGCCCCCAGGGGAGUGGGACCCCUCCAUCAGGAUAGAGCCCCCAAAAAAUGUACCUUCUCAGGAGAAGCGGAAGGUGCCACCGCUGCCCAACGGCAUGGCAGAGCUGGGCGAGGCUGAACAUGGAGGACAUGGGGGCCCAGAGCUGCAGCGCACGGGGAGGCCGUUCGGUGGUCUGGUCCUGGACAUCAAGCGCAAGGCGCCCAGCUACCUGUCGGACUACACGGACGGCGUCAGCCUGCAGUGUCUGGCCUCCUUCCUGUUCCUGUAUUGCGCCUGCAUGUCCCCCGUGAUCACGUUCGGGGGGCUGCUUGGGGAGGCGACUGAGGGACGCAUAAGUGCGAUUGAGUCGCUCUUCGGAGCCUCGAUGACGGGGAUAGCGUACUCCCUCUUCGCAGGCCAGCCGCUCACCAUUCUCGGCAGCACCGGACCCGUGCUGGUCUUUGAGAAGAUCCUGUUCAAGUUCUGCAAGGAGUACGGCCUCUCCUACCUCUCACUCCGAGCCUGCAUCGGCCUCUGGACGGCGUUCUUCUGUCUGCUCCUGGUGGCCACCGAUGCCAGCUCUCUGGUCUGCUACAUCACACGCUUCACAGAGGAAGCCUUUGCUUCCCUGAUCUGCAUCAUCUUCAUCUACGAGGCCCUGGAGAAGCUGAUCCAUCUGGGAGAAACAUACCCCUUCAACAUGAACAACAACCUGGAGAAGCUCACUCAGUACUCGUGUGCUUGUGUUGAGCCUGUAAAUCCCAGCAAUGCUACCCUGAGGUACUGGAAGGAAAGCAACAUCACAUCAUCGCAGGUCAACUGGAUGGGUCUGGAUGUCAAGGACUGCCUGAAGAAGCGAGGCGAGUUUGUGGGUUCUGCCUGUGGCCCCCAUGGCCCCUACGCCCCCGAUGUGCUCUUCUGGUCCAUCGUGCUCUUCUUCUCCACCGUGGCCAUGUCAUCUUUCCUGAAGGACUUCAAGACCAGCCGUUACUUCCCCACCAAGGUGCGAUCCAUCAUCAGUGACUUUGCAGUCUUCAUCACCAUUGCCACAAUGGUGCUUGUCGAUUAUGCUCUUGGGGUACAGUCUCCAAAGCUUCAGGUCCCCAACGAGUUCAAGCCCACCAGAGACGACCGCGGCUGGCUGGUCAACCCUUUGGGACCCAACCCAUGGUGGACCAUCCUUGUGACGGCUGUCCCUGCGCUGCUCUGCACCAUCCUCAUCUUCAUGGACCAACAGAUUACCGCUGUCAUCAUCAACAGGAAGGAGCACAAGCUGAAGAAAGGCUGCGGCUACCACCUGGAUCUCUUAAUGGUGGGUGUGAUGCUGGGCGUGUGCUCGGUCAUGGGCCUGCCCUGGUUCGUGGCCGCCACCGUGCUCUCCAUCUCGCACGUCAACAGCCUGAAGCUGGAGUCCGAGUGCUCAGCCCCCGGGGAGCAGCCCAAGUUCCUGGGCAUCCGCGAGCAGAGGUUCACGGGCCUCAUGAUCUUCCUGCUGAUGGGCUGCUCCGUCUUCAUGACCUCCGUCCUCAAGUUUAUUCCCAUGCCUGUGCUUUAUGGAGUUUUCCUUUACAUGGGGGCGUCGUCCCUGAGGGGGAUUCAGUUCUUCGAUCGCCUGAAGCUCUUCGGCAUGCCUGCAAAGCACCAGCCUGAUUUCAUCUACCUGCGCCAUGUGCCUCUGAGGAAGGUCCACCUCUUCACCAUUAUCCAGCUCAGCUGUCUGGUUCUCCUGUGGGUCAUCAAAACUUCCAGAGCCGCAAUCGUCUUCCCAAUGAUGGUGUUGGCUCUGGUAUUCAUCCGCAAGCUUCUGGAUUUCCUGUUCACCAAGCGGGAGCUGAGCUGGUUGGACGACCUGAUGCCAGAGAGCAAGAAGAAGAAGCUGGAGGAUGAACAACAGGAGGAAGAGGAAAGUGUUGUGGCAGAAGAGGGGAUUGUUCAGGUACCACUGGAGGGGCAUUACAAAGAUGACCCUUCUACAGUGAAUAUUUCUGAGGAAAUGGCGAAAGCCUCAUUUGGUAAUGAGUGGAAAGCCCUCAGCACGGACACUGCGAAGAAGGAGCCGGCAUCCAAAAGUGUAUCCAACUGCGCCGUGAGGAAACACCAGUGGAGAACCCGUCUGGAGAAGGGCUUCGACAGGGAAACCAGUCUUUGACGAUUUUCCCGGGCUGUGGUGCUUUGUGGUGAAUCAGAAUGGUUUGUCAGCGUGAAAUAUUCUGUAUGUCAUAUCUGUACCUUCUCCCGUCUCCACAUGAAGCCAUUUUCUGUGUAUGUGUGUGCAAGUGUGUGCCUCUUCAGGGAGCUGAGGGUGACGUCUAACAGCAAAGACAAAUUUACUCUUUUCUCUGUGCGCCAGUGUGAGAUAAUAUACCAGCAGAUGACGAUGAAGAGGAAAAGACCAUCUGAGCUGCACGCAGAUUGGUGGCGUUGCACGUUUCCUGCAGCCACUUUUAAAUUAAAAGGUACUUUUAUUUUAAAGUAGAUAGUAUGUAUUUUGUAUAUUUUUUAUUGGUUUUAUAGAAUAUGGUACAAUCACUCUGGAAAUAUUACCAUUGGGAAGAUCAUGAAAAAAAUGCUUAUAUGAUUCUGAAAAGAGAAUAUGUCCUGGUAUUACAAUGCUCUGGAAGUAAAUGUAAAUGUACAUGUGAAAAUGUGACAGUAGAUUUUUGUUGCAUGCAUUAACAUAUUUAUUCGAUUACAGCGCACUAAAUGAGCUUAGCUAAUGAUAUUGGUCACAUUGGUUUACCUCAUAAGAGACGAUGCUUAAACUGAACAUGACCUGAUUUUUUUAUUAAAAAAUAUGUUGCAUAUGUACCUAAUGUAUGUUCCAAGAAUUAUGUGUUCUUUAUUUUUUGACAGUGUUAUGAACCAAAUUAAGUUAUCAUCUCUUUGUUUUACUGAGUUACACUGAAUGGAUCAAAUGGAUGUAAUCACUGAGCCUGAAGGUCAACAGAAUGGAAAAAUAACUUGAUUUUCUGUGUAAUAUACCUGCCAUAGUAAUCUGGUUUCUAUUAGGUUUCAUUCUGUAAUAUAGCAUAAGCAAACGUCUGCCAUUAACAUUCUUUUGUCACAGGUCUGUGUUUACAAAUUAUUUUAGCAAUAUGGAUCCCACAUUCACACCAGGACAGAUUAGAAUCGACUGUAUGGAGAUAUUGUUUAAGAUGAGAGAAUGUGUAUUUAUUUGCAAAAUAAUGCAAAUAACUCCUUUUAGCAUAAGAACAAAAUAUGUAAUCUGUCAUACUUAAGGAAGGACUCCACACCUUUUUAUAUAAAAUAAUUUUGUUAUGAUUUGAAAUAUAAAGCCAAAAUAAAAUAUAUUUACUUACUGUUAUUAGCGUCAUGUACAAGUUUAGAAAUUAACACUUUCUUGAUUGCUGUUUAUUUUUUAACCUUUUGUCGUAUGGUUAUUAGAGAAUUUUAGGUUUUGUAAACAUAGAGUAGAAACAAAAUAUAACGUAUGCACUUUAGUGCAUAAAUGAUUAAACUCCUAAAAAUGUAUAGUGGUCUAAGGGGCGUGUUGUAAAGUACCCAUUUUUUGUUUAAUCAUAGCCUUAAAUUAGUUCUUGUACCUUAUGAAACGAUCGGUAUAAUUUUUCUGUGGAUGCCAUCAACAGACAACUUAAUUUUAUUUCAAAUGUCCUUGUAAGUGUAACUUAUUUCUAAAGUGUAUAAGUGAAAGCCAAUAAAUAAUUGAAAAUGCC